CUUCAGUAGUGCAAGAGAAGGGUGCUGUACCACAAUGAUCGGACGACUGGCUGCUUUUAUCCUUCUUUGUACAGCAUAUCUGAUUCAAACUACAAAGGUUUCUCAGCAGAUCUCUUUGACUGUGGUUGAACUUGGUGAGAAUAUAACUCUUCACUGUCCAGUUCCUGAGAAGGAGGACAAAUUCUACUGGUAUAAGCAGUCUCUUGGACACAUGGCCCAAACAGUAGCUGCUGUAAUUGUUAAACAAAUUACAAUCACUGAACAAUUUAAAGAUCCGCGUUUCACAGUGAAAAAAGAGGAGGCUCAGUAUCUUCUUACCAUCAGAAAUGUCAGCAAAGAGGAUGAAGCAACAUAUUUCUGUCAAACUGGAACAACGUAUUCACUGACUUCUGGCAGUGGCACAUUCUUGGCUGUGAACGAUCAGAAUCAGGAGAAACACGUCUAUGUGAAACAAAGUCCAGAGACAGCAUCAGUCCAGCUGGGAGACCCAAUGACUCUCCAGUGUUCACUUCUCUCCAAGAACAAAGAAACCAGAGUCCAGUGUCCAGGUGAACACAGUGUGCACUGGUUCAGAGCUGGAUCAGGAGGAUCUCAUCCAGGAAUCAUUUACACUCAGAGGAACAGGAGUGAUGAAGAAGAGGAAAGGAGCUGUGUCUACAGUUUGUCUAAAACUAUACAGGACUCCUCUGAUUCUGGGACUUACUACUGUGCUGUGGUCACAUGUGGAGAGAUCCUGUUUGGUGAAGGAACUAAAGUGGAGACAAAAUGUGGAUCAGAACUGGACCCAGUCUUCCUUGUUCUUGGAGUACUGUUGGCCUGCUGUGUGACUGUGAUUGCCAUCCUCAUUUUCUACAUAAAUCAAAGGAAAGUUUGCAAACACUGCAAAGAGGCAGUAAGUGCGUCCCAUCAUCUUAGACAUGACAAGUCACCUGCGGACCAAUCAAAUGAUCUGGUGAAUAUUCAUGAUGGUGAAGCAGACGCAGUGAACUAUGCAGCACUGGAUUUCUCUGAAAGGCGAGGAAAACGAGGAAAGAAGAAGAGAGAGUCACCACAGGAGUGUGUGUACUCUGUUGCUAGAGCAGAUUACCACAACCGGCAACACCCGACAUCUUGCAACUUCAACCUCUCAUCAUAUCCUGUUGAAGCCCAUAGUCAGAUCUUCCAUUUGGGUGAAAGACAUCAGUCAGAGUGCUGUACCACAAUGAUCGGAAGACUGGCUGCUUUGAUUCUUCUUAGUACAGUGUCUCUGAUUCAAACUACAGAGGUUUCUCAGCAGAUCUCUUUGACUGUGGUUGAACCUGGUGACAAUGUUACUUUGAUAUGUCCAGUCGCGGACAUAGGAGGCAAAUUCUUUAAUUUGUAUAAACAGUCUCUUGGACGAACAAUGUAUAAAGUUGCUGCAGGAGUACUUGGUGCAAUUACUGUUAAUGAACAAUUUAAAGACUCACGUUUCACGGUAACAAAAGAGGAGGCUCAGUAUCUUCUUACCAUCAGAAAUGUCAGCAAAGAGGAUGAAGCAACAUAUUUCUGUCAAAAUGGAACAGCAUAUUCACAGACUUUCGGCAGUGGCACGUUCUUGGCUGUGAACGAUUAGAAUCAGCAGAAACACGUCUACGUGAAACAAAGUCCAGAGACAGCAUCAGUCCAGCUGGGAGACCCAAUGACUCUCCAGUGUUCACUUCUCUCCAAGAAUAAAGAAACCAGAGUCCAGUGUCCAGGUGAACACAGUGUGCACUGGCUCAGAGCUGGAUCAGGAGGAUCUCAUCCAGGAAUCAUUUACACUCAGAGGAACAGGAGUGAUGAAGAAGAAGAAAGGAGCUGUGUCUACAGUUUGUCUAAAACUAUACAGGACUCCUCUGAUUCUGGGACUUACUACUGUGCUGUGGCCACAUGUGGAGAGAUCCUGUUUGGUGAAGGAACUAAAGUGGAGACAAAAUGUGGAUCAGAACUGGACCUAGUCUUCCUUGUUCUUGGAGUACUGUUGGCCUGCUGUGUGACUGUAACUGCCGUCCUCAUUUUCUACAUAAAUCAAAGGAAAGUUUGCAAACACUGCAAAGAGGCAGUAAGUACGUCCCAUCAUCUUGGACAUGACAAGUCACCUGCGGACCAAUCAAAUGAUCUGGCUGGUGAAGCAGACGCAGUGAACUAUGCAGCACUGGAUUUCUCUGAAAGGCGAGGAAAACGAGGAAAGAAGAAGAGAGAGUCACCACAGGAGUGUGUGUACUCUGUUGCUAGAGCAGAUUACCACAACCGGCAACACCCGUCUCUAUAGGUAGAGCAGGGACUGUGCAUGUAACGUCAUGUUAGGCUGUGUUCACAUGUAGCACUUCAGAAUGUCAGAGGAUGUAUAUUUGCCAACAACCGUGACAUUCAGGUGAUUUUAUGGGAGAGCAAACAUCUUUCAGUUGCUUUGAUAAUUACUUUGCCACAGCAUAUGUGCCAGUAUUUCUGUAAGGGGCCAACAUGUCAGUGGGCCUCUUUCGUUUUUUAUUGUCUUCACAGAUUGAUUAACUGCAACUUCAAUCAUCAUUUAUUUUAAAAAAUCAACACUGAAGGGAGUUGAAUUAUAAAAUCCAUUUUGAUGAGAA